AGCUUUGAUCGGAACCUGCACCCAGAGGAGAGAUUUUCCCCCUGUGACCUCAUUAAGAAAAUCAGGGAGCAGAAGGAGGAGCUGGGCCUGGUCAUUGACCUGACGUACACAACUCGCUACUACGGACCAGAGGAGCUCCCAGCCACACUGUGCUACUCAAAGAUCUUGACAAUGGGACACGAAAUACCGAACAAGGAAACCAUUUUUCAGUUCAAAUGCGUCGUAAAAAAGUUUCUGAGAGACAACAAAGACAACGAUAAACUCAUCGGAGUUCACUGCACUCAUGGUUUGAACAGAACUGGCUACCUGGUCUGUAGGUACCUGAUUGAUGUUGAAGGCAUGGAGCCAAAUACUGCUAUAGAGUUGUUCAACAGAGCUCGAGGGCAUCCUAUAGAGAGAAUCAACUACAUCCAGGAUCUUCGGAAGAGAGCUGUCAAACA